UGCGGGGAGCCGCGCUCGCAGCCAAUGCAGUUCUUGGUCCAUUUCGACGAGGGCAGUAUUAGAUUGCGUUGCAGCCCGAAGUUUGCGCGCCGCCGAAGCCGCUUCGUUCGCUGACGCCGGGAGCGGCGCUGUCCGCGGUGCUGAAACGGGGGGGCGCUGCUUGACUGCCGUCGGCGGCGCAGGAGUCUCAGCUGAUCGCAGUCACACACACACACACACACACACACACACACCUCUGCCAGCUCUCCCGGCCGAGGGUCCGAAGCGCGGCUCUCCGAACACUCCCGCGCCUCUCCGCUCCCGCGACGGACGGGGAAGUGUUUCGGCACAAAGGACGUCGUUCUCCGAUCCGCCAACACACUCCUGAAGACAUGUGUGCGAGCGGAGAUCGCGGGCUGGAUCAUGCGCUCCUCUCGCUCCUCGUCGUUCUCUGCGCUCUGGCAGCGGGCGCUCGAGGGUCCCUCCCAAAGGACAUGGGUGUCACAGAUGAAGAUGAAGGACGCAGCCCGGCCCCUACCACACAUGACGCAGACAGAGGGGCCCCAGUAGUCACCACCGCCCCCACGUUCAACAUCCCCAACCACCACCCUCUCUUAAAGGGGUUUCUCCUCCCCGGCGCCCUGCUGACCAGAGACUUCCGAGGGCAGCAGCGGUUUUUUGAGGAGGGCAGAGCGAUGGACGGACACCCUGAGAUGCUGGCUUCCAGCUCCCACCUCGCUGAGGAAGUGCCAACCCACGUGAUACCCCACGAGGAUGCUCCUGCCUUCUCCAGCUUUGCUGACACCGCUGCUACUACUGCUACCACAGAAGGAGUCACCCGGCCUACAGUAAAAGCAGCCACCAUUUCUCCAGAACUGUCUGUUACUGUGGCAGCGAGGACCCCGAGCUCCUCAAUCACACGCGUCUCGCUCGCUUCUGCCGCACCAGCUAGAAGCAACAGCCCCAGUCCUACCACAACGAUGGGUAGGAGGCUGAGCACCAGGGAGGAGGUCACCUCCGCAACCACCUUUGCUCCUCUAGGACUCACGACGGCCGUAGGGGUGGCACCACAGCGGACGGCGACAAGCAGCGGGAGCACCUCCAAAGAGAUCACUGCCACAACAACAGCAUCCUCAGGAGAAACAGAUGAGGAAACCACCACGACCACUAUCAUCACCACCACUGUCAUCACAACCAUGCAGACCCCAGUGCCCUGCAGCACCAAUUUCACUGCCCCAGAAGGCUACAUAGAGGCUCCACAGCAGGCCAACCCAUGGCCUUCCAGCAUGGACUGCACCUACUCCGUGACGGUCUACAUGGGCUACGGCGUGGAACUUCAGGUGCUGAACGUGAGCCUGUCCGAGGGAGAGAUGGUGACGCUGGAGGACCUGGGAGGCCGGGGCCCCUCGCUAUUGGCUAACGAGUCCAUUCUGAUGAAGGGACUGGUGGUGCGAAGCUGGAGUAACCACGUCACCAUCCGCUUCCAGAGCGAGCAGCAGCUCCGGCCCGGCUUCUUCCUGCUGCGCUACCAGGCCUUCGUGCUGAGCUGUCCCUUCCCGCAGCGACCGGCCUAUGGGGAGGUGUCCGUCACCAGUCUCCACGCCGGAGGAGAGGCCUACUUCUACUGCAUUAGUGGCUACCAGUUGCAGGGCCUCUCAACUCUCACCUGUCGCAACGCCACCACACCGUACUGGAGCGGCAGGGAGCCUCGCUGCCUGGCGGCCUGCGGAGGGAUGGUUAAGCACGCUACGGUGGGGCGCAUCGUGUCUCCUGGCUUCCCCAGCAACUACAGCAACAACCUGACUUGCCACUGGGUGCUGGAGGCCCCAGAAGGCCACAGGCUGCAUGUCCACUUCGAGAAGGUGGCCCUGGCUGAGGACGACGACAGGCUUCUGAUCAAGAACGGGAACAACAUCGACUCGCCGCCGCUGUAUGACUCCUACGAGGUGGAAUACCUUCCCAACGAAGGCAUUGUCAGCACCUCCCGCCACCUCUUCGUAGAGCUCACAACCGACGGGUCGGGCACCUCAACGGGCAUCGCCAUUCGCUAUGAAGCGUUCGCACAGGGCCACUGCUACGAGCCAUUUGUCAAGUACGGCAACUUCACGAGCAGCGAGUCCGGCUUCACUGUGGGCGCCGUGGUGGAGUUCGCCUGCGAGCCAGGCUACACGCUGGAGCAGGGCUCGGUCAUCAUCGAGUGCAUGGACCCUGAGAAUCCGCAGUGGAAUGAGACGGAGCCCGCUUGCAGGGCUGUCUGCAGUGGCGAGAUCACAGACUCCGCCGGAGUGGUGUUGUCCCCCAACUGGCCGGAGGCCUACGACCGUGGACAGGACUGUAUCUGGGGAAUCCAUGUGGAGGAGGACAAGAGGAUCAUGCUGGACAUACAAGUCCUCCACGUGGGGAAGAAUGACGUGCUGACCUUCUAUGACGGAGAUGACCUGACGGCUAAAAUCCUCGGGCAGUACGCCGGCUCGCGCCCGCGCUUCAAGCUCUUCACCUCCAUGGCUGACGUCACCAUUCAGUUCCAGUCAGACCCCGCCACCAAUAUCUUUGGCUACCACAACGGCUUUGUCAUCCACUUCUUUGAGGUCCCCCGUAACGACACCUGCCCUGAGUUACCGGAAAUUACCAACGGUUGGAAGAGCACCUCGCACCCGGAGCUCGUGCACGGCACGGUGAUCACCUACCAGUGCUACCCCGGGUUCGAGCUGGUGGGCACCGAGAUCCUCAUGUGCCAGUGGGACCUCACAUGGAGUGGCGACCUGCCCAGCUGCGAGAAAGUGCUGUCGUGCCCAGACCCCGGCAGCGUGGAGCACAGCCGCAGGGUGAUGUCCGGUCAUCGGCUCACGGUGGGCUCCACGGUCCAGUAUGUGUGCAACAGGGGCUACAUGCUGACCGGCAACAGUCUGCUCACCUGCCACAACCGCGACUCCAGGGGGCCUAAGUGGAGCGAGAGGCCGCCCAAGUGUGUCCCUGAGAGCUAUGAGCCUUGCCGGCACCCGGGGGCCCCACCAUUCAGCAUCCAGAGCCAGGAGAAGCACUCGUACCAGCCAGGGGAGACGCUGCGAUUCUCUUGCCAGAGCGGCUACCAGCUGCAAGGAGAGCCGGCUCUCCGCUGCACGGCUGGACACCCCUCGCAAUGGAGUCACCCGCCCCCUGUCUGCCAUGCCUCCACUAUGGGUUAUGUGAGCGAGCGCAGGUUAGAUGUUGCCAAUGCAGACUUUAACAUAGAGGGAACAGGCAUAGCAGUUGCUGUCUUCAUUCCUGUCGCCAUCAUCUUGGCUCUGAUUGUGGGAAUUUACCUCUACUUCUCAAAAGUCCAAGGAAAGCCCUUCCUCCUGCCAAUGUCCACCGCCCUGCCGUACGACCACAUUGCAGCAGACUCAGCAUUCGACAACCCCAUCUAUGAGACUGCACCCCGGCUCACGCUCUCUGAUUACUAACGACUGUGUGUGUGUGUCUGUCCCCCCGCGGCUUCUUCCCUGAAGAACAGCGAGGUAAGCCUGCCGGCCGCCUGCAACACAACCGUGCUCCACUGUGAGCCCCAGACACUGUCCACCUGUUAGUGUGUCCUGACAUAUGAGCGUCUCUCUGGAAACCUGCAGAGGGUUUGCGCAACGUUAACUAGAUCGCCAAAGUGAAGAUGCAAACUCAUUAUCACCUCCCAGUCCUCUGAUGUAAACGGAAACACCUCUCACAUCAGGCUUUACAUGUCCUGACAUUCCUAUUUAUAUCUCCAUUGUAAAGAGAGAGGAGGUCCCUGAGAUGCCCCCCCACAAGCACACCUCCACAGCCUUUCCUGGGGGGGUCUGGGGUGGAAGGGUGGACAUGGGCAGCACACACAUCAGCUGCUUCAAGUUAAACUACAGUUGAAACACUCAACCACCACACUGCAUCAGUUGUUUAACACUCAUCACUUCGGAAUAAUAGAAAGGCUGGCAUUUUUGAGCUCAAUAUUCCUCAGUUUCAUAAUUCUGUAUAUUAAUAUUUGGAACAUCCUCUUGAUGGAGCAACCAUUUCCUCAAAAAACCAGUACCCUUUGGAACAAAGGAUCGCAUGAGCAUGGUAAAGUUAUUGAUAUGGGCUGCUUCAGUGGAGAUUAUACCACAGAUUCUCCUAUACCGAAUAGAACUUAUCAGUCAGGACUCAGGUUCAAAUCCCUGCUCCUGCUGAAGUACCACUGAUCAAGGAACUUAACCUGGAUUGCUUCCCCCAGUAAAGAGUUAUACAAUAAUACUAGGACAGACUCAAGGGUCAACUGAAUCUACACUUGAGCUACCUUAUUUCCCAAACCCUCAAAUCAGCUCAUCUCCAUUUCAGUUGACUCGGUUCACGAUGAACGGAUGAGCGGUCCCCUCCUUUGCUCCUAUUCCACCCAUAUUUCCCCUUGUUUCCUCUACCUUGUCUUUCUAUUAUUCUUAUCAGUAUUGUAAGUUCCACCUUUGCAGAAGAGGUGUUUGCAGAAAGGGUGACAGCUCCACAGUGUGCUGUUUUUUUUUCCCUUCAAACAGUUGAAAGGAUUGCUAAGAAAUGAAUGGUUGAUGCAAUAUUAAACAUUUGCUAAAGGAAAUGAAGUUGCUGUCCUCUCCUGGCAUUGUGGGUAAACAGACCGGUGCCUGCUCUGGGUCUUCUUGACGUCACAUCGGGCUGCUGUAGUCAGUCUACUGAGAAUGUCCAGUGUGCUGGAACAGUGUUUGCAUGGUGCUCCAUAGCAAUGGGCAAAUUCUACUAGUGAGUGCUUUUUUAUUAAAAAUAAAAAAAGUUAGAGGUCAAGACCUGCUGGGAAGGCCUGCAACUAACUGAGUUCUUCUCUGUUGAUCUCUUUUCUGACUUUUUUUAUUUUUCUUGCAUUUCACUACUGUCUGACAGUAUUCACUGUUUAUUACUUCAAUAUCUGAUCUACUUGAAAAUGUUGUGUUAAUUUCCAGCCAUUAAAAUGCAUACAUAUCUAUAUCUAUACAUGCAUCAAUCUCAAAUGCACCAUGUCGUCUGGUUUUUUCUUUUUUCAGGAGACCAGAGAGUAUGAGGUUUCCAUUUAGAGACACUGCACAUUUGAGCAUGGGGGAAAUCAAGCCAUUCUUGCCUU